UGUCAGGCACUGCCGGGACGCCCUUCCGAGUGCCUUUACUUGGCGCGGCGCGGGGGCGCGCACGCCGCCCAGCUCGUGGGCCGCCGAGGGGGCGGGGCGGGACGUCCUGGGAGCGCGCACGCAUCCGGCCCGCGGCGCGCGCGCAGGUGGGUGCGUCGGUCGGGGGCGCGCUCGGGUAACCUGUACCCUGCGUAGUCGCCGGUUACCGAUCGGACUAAGUUCCAGUGGUGAUUUACAAAUCAAGUUAAAAUGUCCCCAGAAGUGGCCUUGAACCGAAUUUCUCCAAUGCUCUCCCCGUUUAUAUCUAGCGUGGUACGGAAUGGAAAAGUGGGACUGGAUGCUACAAACUGUUUGAGGAUAACUGACUUGAAAUCUGGCUGCACAUCAUUGACUCCUGGACCCAAUUGUGACCGAUUUAAACUGCACAUACCAUAUGCUGGAGAGACAUUAAAAUGGGAUAUUAUUUUCAAUGCCCAGUACCCAGAGCUGCCCCCCGAUUUUAUCUUUGGAGAGGAUGCUGAAUUCCUACCAGACCCUGCCGCUCUGCAGAAUCUUGCCUCCUGGAAUCCUUCAAAUCCUGAAUGCCUCUUACUUGUGGUGAAGGAACUUGUGCAACAGUAUCAUCAAUUUCAAUGUAGCCGCCUCCGUGAGAGCUCCCGCCUCAUGUUUGAAUACCAGACAUUACUGGAAGAGCCACAGUAUGGAGAGAACAUGGAAAUUUAUGCUGGGAAAAAAAACAACUGGACUGGUGAAUUUUCAGCUCGUUUCCUUUUGAAGUUGCCAGUGGAUUUCAGCAAUAUUCCCACAUACCUUCUCAAGGAUGUAAAUGAAGACCCUGGAGAAGAUGUGGCCCUCCUUUCUGUCAGUUUUGAGGACACUGAAGCUACCCAAGUGUAUCCCAAGCUGUAUUUGUCACCCCGAAUUGAGCAUGAUCGCCAAUGGUUUAAGCUGUCUGGUGGCCUCAAUUCUGCUUUAGUCCAUGCCUGGAAAUUUUACUGUGCACUUGGCGGCUCCUCAGCUCUUCAUAUCCCAGCUUUUCCAGGAGGAGGAUGUCUCAUUGAUUAUGUUCCUCAAGUGUGCCACCUGCUCACCAAUAAGGUGCAGUACGUGAUUCAGGGAUAUCACAAAAGAAGAGAGUAUAUUGCUGCUUUCCUCAGCCACUUUGGCACAGGUGUCGUGGAAUAUGAUGCAGAAGGCUUUACAAAACUCACUCUGCUGCUGAUGUGGAAAGAUUUUUGUUUUCUUGUACACAUUGACCUGCCCUUGUUUUUUCCUCGAGACCAACCAACUCUCACAUUUCAAUCCGUCUAUCACUUUACCAACAGCGGACAACUUUACUCCCAGGCCCAAAAGAAUUAUCCAUACAGCCCCAGAUGGGAUGGAAAUGAAAUGGCCAAAAGAGCAAACGGUUCCCAGCAGCUCAGAGCCUGGAGGAGUGGGAAGAAAGAGGCUACAGCCCACAGCAGUAGAGGACUUAAUAUCUGCUUCCAGUCCCAUUUUCUUUGUUCUAAAAGACUGCUGGGAGCAAGAGGAGGUGCAGUCCUUCACUGUUUGGAGCCCCUGAAAUGGCACCAUGUUCAGGAAUGGUGAGAGUCCUGUGGCCAUAGCACUUCCCUCUCUGUGACCUAGAAAGACGCAAUCAGGAAGGUAAAGGGCGGCACGUGUGUGUCCAGUGCUGUUGCACACUAUGGGAAGGGUGGUGGCAGUCCAUGAAGUCUACCCAGGUGCAUCAGCAUGGGGCCCAGGGCCCAGGGCCUGAGAGAAAGAAGGCUCUUGCUGGCAAAUGUCUCCAGUGCCCCAAACUCCCUAUUCCGAAUCACCAGGCACGCGGUGCCGCCCCGCACAUUGAGCUGCAGCAUCUAUGCAGACGUGGGCUUGGGAGCCGCGCUCAGCAGGGCCCUUCUAGUGCAACGCAGCUGCGCCCAGAAAGGGCCUCUUUCUCUCCUAUAGUUGUUAGUGAUACAAAGCAUACGCUGAGAUUGUUGAACUCUACAAAGAGUGGGGGCUUACUUUGCUGUAUUUUUACAGAGUUUAUUUUGCUACUCGAGCCUGAACCCUCAGUGGCCACAGAAGACACAGAAGACCCUCCAGGGCUGGCAGUGUGCUGUUGGCAGGGCACUGGCCUGUAUCCAAAUCUCACUCUGCCUUUACCACAUGCCUGACCUGGGGCAAGCUACUUCCUCUCUCCAAGCCUGUUUCUUCAUGUAUACAGGGGGAAGAGACUAACGGGAUCUGUUUCAUACAUAUGAUUGUUGCUUGGAUUAAAAUAAAACUAUUUUAAAAGCA